UGUGUGAGUUGUUAACAUAAAGAAGCACUAAAUUUGGGAAGAAAAAUUCUCAAACAAAUCGCGACCCAAAAUACUCGAAGAAAUUAAAUGGCCUAAUGCGAAAAAAUUGGACAGUUGUGCGUGAUCUCAAUUGAAUUUUGUAACUUUUACGAAUUUUGGCACGGAAGUCGCUCGUGCGCGAAAUGUCAUUCACUGUUGGCAGCGAAGAAGUCGAAGACGGCUAAGGGCAUCACUUUUAUUGAUUUGUGUGAAGGCAUCGCGGAAAAAAAAACAAGAAACACGAAAACUGCGGCUUCGCGCUGCCCCAAGCACCUGGAUUUUCUUUGUGGAAUGCACGCCACCAUAGCGCACCGGGCGGGCUCUAGUUUGUGGCUUUAAGAACGAAAUUUCACGGGAAAAUCGCAAUUGUAGAUGUGCAAGAGAAGAUUUUGAGUGACGGUGGGUGGAGGAGGUCCCAUUUCAAGUUCAACAGUGCUCCUUGUCGGGUCGGUAUUUGGAGUGGGCUUGGCGCUUUUCGGGACUAGAUUGGAAGGUUGUGACCAUGGACGGACAGCGAGCGCGGGACAUCCUGCCCCUGCUGCAGGAGAAAAUCGUUUACCUGACGGGAGGGCGCGACAGGCGGGGAGGCCCUUUGCUGUGCUUCCCUGCGAACCCGCGGCGCGAACGCCUCAAGCCUGAUGAUCUCCGCCGGUUGCUCAGUUACCUAAUAAUGAUACCAAGCGAUUCUGCGAAAAACCUGGGCUUCACCGUCGUCAUCGACAUGCGAGGCAACGGGAACUGCUCGACGAAUGUGAAGACAAUACUCAAAGUUCUGCAAGAACACUUCAGCGCGAAUAUUCAUAAUGUGGUGUUAAUAAAACCUGAUAAUUUCUGGCAGAAGCAGCGCGCCUCGAUUGCGAGCCACAAAUACAAAUUUGAGACGACCACGGUCUCCAUCGAUGCAUUACCAAAGGUGGCGGAGCCCCACCAACUGCCGGGCGAACUGGACGGCAGCCAGCCUUACGACAACAACCACUGGACUGAGUCCCGCCUGGCGAUCGAGGAGUUCUUCUGGAAUGCAAGUGACAUGGUGGACCGAAUCGAUGAUCUCCAGGAAGAUCUCAGUCGGAACGACUUCGCGGAGGACGUGAACGGUGCUAAACACAGUCUGGACCAUCACAACGAAAUGAAGAAGAAAAUCCUGAAGCUGCCUAUAGAAGAUAUUGACGUGCAGGGUCAAAAGCUGAUCACUAAGUUGAACGUGAACCACCACGAGGACGGGUCCCACUCGUCGCAAAUGGGGUCGCCCGGCAACUACCGCAAUGUGUCGUCGAACCCGGACAUGGUGGCCGCGAUAAACAAAGUGAUGAGGCAGCUGGAUCACAUCCACAACGGACAGCAGCACCUGUUGACACUGUGGCAGCACAAAAAGACCAAACUUGACCAGUGCUUCCAGUGGCGUCUGUUCGAGCAGGAUUGCGAGAAGAUGUUCGACUGGAUCCUUCAUAAUCGCGAUGUUUUCCAGAUGAGCUACGUCGAGAUCGGCCACAAAUACUCAGUGGCGAAGAGUUUGCAGGACGAGCACCAGAAAUUUGCGGUGGCUUCGAUGAAUGUUUCAGUUAACAUUGAAAGGAUAUUGGCCGUUGCGGGGCGUUUAAUAGAAAGUAAUCAUUACGCAGCUCAACAAAUAAAGACGCUGGCAACGCGUCUAGACCGCACAUGGAAGGACUUCGCGGCGGGGCUAGACGAGCGCACGGCAGUGCUGCAGCUCAGCGUCUUAUUCCAUCACAAAGCCGAACAGUAUUGCAAUAGCGUUUCUUCGUGGGCGGCAGCUUGUCAAGCGUCACAGCCCCUGCCCUCAGAUAUCCAAAGCUUGGAGACAGCAAUAAGGACGCAUCAGUCUCUCUACGAAGCUAUGUGCCAGGCCUACACUGAAGUGCACUCGACCAGUAAAAAGCUGCUCUACCAAUUAGACCAUCUCGUGCAAGUAUGUCACCAACCUCCGCCUCCGGGAGUGCCGGACCAUCGGAAAAACAGUGGCUUUAACAAAUACGAGCGAGCAAAUCCCGCCCAAGACUACAGCGAGGGAGCAUCUCACGUGCUGGAAGUGAUUCAUCAGAUCCUCGGACAUCACAGGUCGCUGGAAGCGAAGUGGCAUCAGGAGAAAAUCCGACUGCACCAGACUCUGGCGCUCCGACUAUUCCAGGAGGACGUGAAGCAAGUAUUAGAUUGGUUGAAGAACCACGGGGAAGUAUUCUUAAGAAAAAACACUGGAAUUGGGCGAAACUUGCAAAAGGCUCGUGUCUACCAGAAAAGUCACGAACAUUUCGAAAACGUGGCCCAAAACACAUACAGCAACGCGGAAAAGCUACUAUCCGCGGCGGACGAUCUGGCGCGAUCGGGAGAAGCCGAUCCCAAUGAAAUAUACUCAGUGGCCCGUGAGCUCGAGCUGCAGGUUGCGUCGUUUGCUGAACGUGUGGAGCAACGGCGGCGACGGCUGGAAAUGGCGGUGAUAUUUUACACGUCGGAAAAGGAGGUAGCUUCUUGGAUUGAUCAGCUACGCACGGAAGUUUCAACGGACGAGACUGUUUUAUCUCAGGAAAAUUUAGAGGGAAUCGAAAGACUUAUGCAACAGUAUCAGGAUCAGCAGGAAAGCACUCUGAAUGGCUGCUUGCAAACUAUAGCACAAGGCGAGGCAUUACUGCAGGAGAUGCGCUCACUCGAAUAUGUUGACAAUACGGGCUCGAUCUCAGCCUUAGAAACGACUCUUGAAAAACUCUCGAAACAGAAGGUGGAGCUUGAAGAAUUGUGGUCAGCUCGAAAGUUUCGCGCAGACUUGAUCCUGCGUUUGCGAUAUUUCGAGCGUGAUGCUCUCGAAGUCUCGUCGCAAUUGGAAAUGUGGGCGGAAGAACUGCAGCACGUUGAACUGUCGCGGGACUACCAAAAGGCCGAACAACUGUUGAGGUUGCACAAUGAAUCCGUGACGCAUAUGCAGAAUACAACCUACGAAGUUCUGCAGCAAGGACAGGACUUGCUGCAGAUGUUCGAAUCGGCAGGCUUCAUUGCUAUGGCAGAUUCUACUCACACCGCCCAGGCUCGAAUUCAGUAUUUGCUAGAUUUCCUCCAUGAUCGGGAGAUGGAUUUAGAGGAUCUCUCGGAAGUGAAAAGAUCAAAGCUGGAACAAGCGGUUCAGUUGUGUCAAUUCCAGAACGAUGCGAACCAAGUGAUCUCGUGGAUUCGGAACGGAGAGGCAAUGCUUGUUGCAAGCUUUGUGACUCCCAACAGCCUUAACGAGGCGGAGCAACUGCGCAAAGAACAUGAACAGUUCCAGGUGGCGAUAGAGAAGACUCACACGUCGGCUGUGCAAGUGAAAUACCGCGCAGACGCUUUGAUAAACGCAAACCACUACGAUCCGCAGUCGAUUCGUGAAAUCUCAGACGAUGUUACGAAAAAGUGGCAACAACUAGUCACCUGCGCAGAAGAGCGACACAAACUCGUCACAGCUUCUAUAAACUUCUACAAAACAGCCGAGCAGGUGUGUAGCGUGCUGGAUAGUUUGGAACGUGAAUAUCGUCGAGAAGAAGAUUGGUGUGGCGGUGGAGGUUCGAAUGACAAGGCCCAGGCAAUUGUUCAAUUGAUUGCCAAACACCAGGAGCAAAAGGAGGCUUUCCUCAAAGCCUGCACAUUAGCUCGGCGAACAGCUGAAACAUUCCUCAAAUACGCUGGGCGAUCACAGCAAUAUUACAAAUACCAGUCGCAAGGAAAUUGUGAAAGUAGGGUUAAGUCAAUACUAGAUAAGUUGCUAGCUCAAGAGAACCAAGUUCUGGAGUUUUGGACUCAUCGGAAGAAGAGUUUGGACCAAUGUCAACAGUUCGUUCUGUUUGAACGUUCCGCUAAACAAGCAAUAGAGUGGAUCCACAAUACGGGAGAGGUGUAUUUAUCCUCCAGGACGAAUCUCGUGGGGAAGACAAGGGACGAAACAGAAGGACUGCUGAAGGAGCACAAUGAAUUCAGGGGGACUGCGAAAGAGACUAGAGAACGAGUCAAACUGUUGCUUCAACUUGCUGACAGUUUGGUGGAGAAGGGUCAUGCUCACGCUAGUUCCAUCAAGCAGUGGGUUGCAGCUGUCGAUAAUCGCUUCAAAGACUUCAGCAAUCGCAUGGACUCAUAUCGGGAACAGUUGGAAAAGUCUCUGGGAGUGUCGGCCGCACAAGAGGAUACAUCUUCGUCAUUGAGUUCCACUUCAGGCUCUGCAGGUGAUCGACACUCGGACCCCACUCUCGAAGCAAAAUUAGUUUCUUCGACAGUAACGAAAGAAAUUAACGAGGAAAAACGAAAAUCCGCUCGUCGCAAAGAGUUCAUCAUGGCAGAACUAAUGCAAACCGAACGGACGUACGUGAAAGAUUUGGAGACGUGCAUCAAAUGUUUUCUGCAUGAAUUUCGCACAGGAAACAAUGUGCCUGCUGGCCUACUCGGGAAGGAGGAUGUUCUCUUCGGGAACAUGGAAGAAAUAUACAACUUCCAUGAAAAUAUUUUCUUAAAGGAACUGGAGAAAUAUGAAACCAUGCCCGAGGACGUUGGCCAUUGUUUCGUGACAUGGGCGUCGAAAUUUGACAUGUACGUGCACUAUUGCAAGAACAAACCGCUUUCAAAUAAUCUCAUGGUGCAACACAGCGGCACCUACUUUGAAGAGUUGCAACGACGGUACAAAAUCGAACAUCCGCUUCCAGCUUUUCUGAUAAAACCUGUUCAGCGGAUUACAAAGUACCAAUUGCUUCUUAAAGAUUUACUGACGUGCUGUGAAGAAGGACAUGGCGAAAUUAAGGAAGGUCUUGAAGUAAUGUUAAACGUUCCGAAGAAAGCGAACGAUGCAAUGCAUUUAUCGUUGCUUGAAAAUUGUGAUGUCUCCAUUGAUGGACUUGGUGAGGUGGUUCUUCAGGAUUCAUUCCUUGUUUGGGACAAUAAACAAAUUAUUCGUAAAGGUCGUGAUCGUCGUGUAUUUUUAUUCGAAUUGUAUUUACUUUUUGCCAAAGAGGUGAAGGAUUCUAGUGGAUCCGUCAAGUAUCAAUUUAAAAAUAAAUUAAUAACCACAGAACUGGGUAUUACCGAGCAUAUAGAAGGUGAUGAGACGAAGUUUGCCGUGUGGACAGGACGUGCACCGAUGACAUCCGAUUGUCGAAUAGUGUUGAAGGCAAAUAAUCUGGAGACUAAACAGAUUUGGGUUAAGCGCUUGCGUGAAGUUAUCCAAGAGACAUGCUUUUCGGGUACGUCUUUGACUUUACCGAAAUCCCCUGCUAAAGGUUCUGCUUCUGGAUCAUCACAACGAUCGUCGCGUGAUUUGGAUGAACCUUUAACUGAAAAUGACCAUGAUCGAUGCUCAUUAGCUAGUUUCGGAUCAGGAAAUACAACCGACAGUGACAAUAAGGUUGCAAGUUUAGAAGUAACAUGGGUCGUGUCAGAUUACAAUGCCACACCAGGUACAAAUGAAUUGUCGAUAACAAAAGGCCAACAGGUGGAAGUGAUUGAAACAAGUUGUCCUAAUGAUCCGGACUUUUGUUUAGUACGUUUAAAUUCACAAAGUGAUGAUGGCGUUGUACAAGAAGGUUUGGUGCCAAUUUCGAUUCUUAAACCGCAACCGGGUGCACAAAAAUCUAAUUCCAAUAAUAAAAAAGAAAGUGAUACACUGCAAGAACAAGUCAAUAAUCGUAAUAAAACCGAAGCGUUGACGUCUUCCUCAACAAAACGACGUGGAUUUAGUGGAAGAAAAUGGCUUCCGCAACCACUUAGAAAACUAUCCCAAGGAAAAGUUGACAAGCCUGCAGUCGAAAGGACAUUAAUCAAGAAGGGAUCUGACAAGAACUUGAGGCUUUCAGAGAAUAAAAAUGAACAGGAAUAUGAACUAAAUUCAUCAAAUACGGCUCAGAAUACAUCGCAACAAGAUUACGAGGCUGAAGAAGAAAUUGCUGUUGAAUUGCCACCUCCUAUGAAACCAAUUCAAGAACCCUGUGUUAUUACAAACGGACCGCCAGUGUAUAAGGAUUUGAAGGAUAACACAACAACUCUGACAAAUAACCUAUCACUCCAGAAGUUAGAAGAGAACGCCCCAGUCGACAUGUCGGAAAUUGAGCAAAUAAUUAAAGAGAAAACAGAGCAACAUGAAGUCAAAUCGAAGUUCCUUAAACCCUUAGAUAUAAGUAGUGAUAAAGAAUUAGAAACAACAUCAUAUUCAAACGAUGAUUCCAACGAUAACAAUGACGAGAACAAUUCCGAAAGUCAUGUUAAGUCCGCAUUGAGAAAAAGGAUGUGUGCUCUUAAGGAACUUGUGACGACUGAAGAAAAUUAUAUUCAAGACUUAUCAGAAAUUGUUAACGGAUAUAUAGCGGAAAUGAGAAAUCCCAAGAGUGAUAUAAUUUUACCAGAGGAGCUCAAAUCAAUGGAACGAAUGAUAUUCAGUAAUAUAGAAGCUAUUUAUGAAUGGCAUCGAGACCAAUUUUACGAAGCCUUGCAAACGUGUUCACAAGAUCCUUCUAAGCUUGGUCGUAUGAUGAAGCGAUAUGAUCGGAAGCUAGAAAUGUAUUAUCUCUACUGCAAAAAUAAACCACAAUCGGAUCAUAUAGUCUCAAAGUAUAUAACAUAUUUUGAUCAGAUACGACAAAAACUUAGACAUAGAUUAGAUCUAAAUGACCUGUUAAUUAAGCCAGUGCAAAGAAUUACAAAGUACAAACUGCUGUUCGAGGAAAUCACAAAUCAAACUAGGCGAGCGGGGUUGGUGGAUGAGGUGCCGAGCAUUGCAGAAGCCUCAAGAGUUAUGAAUACUGUUUGUAAAACCGCUAACGAAAUGAUGGUGAUUAGUCGGUUACAAAAGUAUAAAGGAAAUAUAACGGCACAAGGGAGACUUCUGUUGCAUGGUCAACUCAUGUGCAUAGAAUCAGUAAAUCAUUCCGAUCGAGCGAGUGUGGUGCAAACUCAAAAACCACGCGAACUACAACUAUUCCUCUUCGAACAAAGCAUAAUAUUCGCUGAUGUUGUUGGAAAGAAAAAUCAAUUUUCUAGCCCGCUUUAUGACUAUCGCUCUCAUAUACAGGUUAACAAAAUGGCUCUUGAAGAUCUUAAAAAUAAUCGCUUUCUGCUGAAAUCCACUGAUCCACAACGAUCUGAAUCCGUUAGCUAUAUAUGUUGGGGUGCAACAGUAGAACAAACUCAGGAAUGGCUUCAAACAAUCCACAAUAUGUUACAGUCGCAGCUCGACUUCAUGAAUGCAAUUCAAAGUCCGAUUGCAUACCAACGAGACUUGAAAGAGGACUACGAAGAGAGGACCAUAAUGAAAAAGUAAACUUCUUCCUGUAUAUAGAAGGUGUAAAUGAUAGCCACGCAAGUAGAUAUACGAACGGGUUUGAAGUGAAAAAAAGUGAAUAGCGAGAAGCUUGAGGAUGUUAAAUUUUUCUAACAGUAUGAAAACAAACAGUGUCCUAGGAUUUAUUACAAAUAAUUUGUAUGUGAUUUCAAAGUGAAGAAUUAACAUUUUUUUUUUUAAAAAUCAGUUUACAUAGAUUUUUUUUUUAUUUUCACAUUAAAUUAUAGUUCAUUUAGAAUAACCAUUGGCAAGAAUAUUUAUAUUAAAUUUUUUGAACAAUAGCAUUUGUAUUUUUUUUAUACCAAAGUAGUAUUUUGGGUUUCGUGAACUUAUUGUUCAGCACUAUUUGUGUAAAAGUUGAGAGAAUCAGAGCAGGUUUAGUUUCAUUUUUAGGUUUUAUGUUUUCAGUUCACCAAUCGGAAAUUGAUAUAUUGCGAAAGCCAUGAUAGAAACGACCAAAUGCAAAUCUUCGUUAAUUUCACCAUUUAUUGUUUUUGAGUUCCGAGCACCCAGAAAAAAUUAAAAAGAGACGUGACUUUUACCACUCUCGCCAUAAAAUGAGAUUUUUAUUAUGCACAUUCAAGGAAAAUUCAACUUUAUUUCAAGAGCAACUAUGUAAUUUAAGUUGUUUUAUUCAUCGAUGAAAUGUCCCUUUUUGAGUUUUUUAUGUCGACGGAACUUGCAAGGCGUGGAAUCAAAGCAGUAGGUUCGCAUACACAAAGAGCUUCUAUCGGUAAUAUACGAUUUACUCAAGAAAGAAAAGCGAGAAGUCUGAAAAGCGCAAAUCUUAUUCAGUGCAGAGGAGAAACUCCGUCCAAAUAUCCGAAAAUCGUAUUGAUUUGACAAUGGGAUUCAUUUUUGUACGUGUUGAGAUUAAUUUUAUUGAGGAAAUUACAUUUCAUAUUCUAACUUUGAAUAUUAAAUUAAUUGAGGAUGAGCAAUUCGAGUUGGGAAAAUUGUUGACAAAAGCGCAUAAACUAAAACAAGAGUUGCCUAAAACAGUGAGUUCGGUAUGAUACCACAGAGGAGGCUUUUAUUCGGGUUCACCCACUGUAUAUAAAAUCAAAUGUUAUAUCGUUGAAACUUGUUAUAAUGAUUUUACAUUUUCUUCUUGAAUACAGCUCAUGAUAACGAACAUUUUCACGUUUUCGGAAAAAGACAGAAAGUCUGGGAUUACAGUUCGUUUGUAGAUUUUAAAGGCAAUUGAACAGCAAAUAUUUUGAAGUCAGGUUCUUGAAGCACCCCCUUUCGAUCCAAUAGCAGCACCGUUUAAACAACAAUUUCCGUUCUAUGCUUAUCGCUUUACACUUUCGCUGCCCUGUUGCCCCAAAACAGGAGAUCCUCUACUAACAUACACAUUUCAUAUGCGCAAGUCUUCGAGCUAUAAACCGAAUUGUUUGAACCGCAUUAAGGACUUAUCACGCAAAUCAUUCAUCAGGAGAUAGUGAAGUAAACUCAUGUAUAAUUUAAAACCUUCAUCACUGUAGCAUGCAUUCAUGAAAAUGAGAAUCACCCAUAAUAAUGUAAAAUAGAGAUAAAGAUCGUUUCAAAUUGAUGAAAAGUGAAAACACAAGUAAAUCUGUAAUUGUGAUUAUAGUUUAUUAUAAAUUAGCUUGCAGCUGUAUUUUUGCAUAAUUUUGAAAUAGCAACAAACAAAGAUGAAAUAAAAUUAGAAAAUUGAAGAGUUAUUGAAACUAAUAAAUACCUAUGAACAAAGUCUAAAAAUAUCUGAAUAUUUCAUGCACAGAUUUUACUAAGGAAAUAUUUAUUGUAGCAUACUAUCGCAAUUAUUGAGAUGAUUAUGAUGUGUGACUGACAAUGAAAGGAUGUGAUGCUUAAUCCACGGAAUAUAUAUAUAUAAUCCGACACAAAUGUGUGAUUAGCAACAAUCUUUUGUCGCAUGUAAUGUACAUAAUUUGAGAAACGAGCAACAAUACUGAGAUACUCACGCAAAAAUAGUGAAUUUAAGAAAGAACUAAAUCAAAUGUAAAAAACAAUAAAGAAUGUGGUUAUGAAAGGUAACAAUGGAAUAAAGAUCACCUUUAUAAUACA